AUGAACCACUACGGAUCGUUCUGCGACAAUAAAUGUGCUGAUACAUGCAAAUCAAAUGACAGCAAGCGGAUAUGUGAUGACGUAAACGGACAUUGCACAUUUGGAUGCACAGACGGAUUUCAUGGCAACACAUGUGACGACACAUGCAGCCAUCAAUGUGUAAAUAGUACUUGCAACCAGAUAACAGCCGAAUGUCUGCAUGGUUGUAUUGACGGGUAUGAAGGACUGAAAUGUGACCUGGUUUUAGCUAUCAAACGUGCUGAAUCAGAAGAAAAGGAAAAGAAACCAAUUAAUGUUAUUGUAGCAUCUGCCGGUGCUGGUCUUGCUGUUAUAGUCUUGCUAGUUAUCCUAGUUAUAUACGCCAAUCCUUUCAAACCCAAACAGGAAGCUAGCGGUGAUGCCGGGAAAGAAUAUGACACUGCAAUUGACGGUGAACAAAAAUACCUGCUAUUGACAUUGGCUAUACUGCGAUCUGAUAAUAUUAUAGGAGUUGAAAGAACAAAGGGGUUUUCAGCCGCUGACGGACAUGUUUUGUAUAACACUGCAGAAGGAAGUAAAUUCCAAACUAUGCUUCAACCAAACAACGAUUACGCCGUAUUCAAAAGCAACAAUGUUGAUAAUCAUGAAGCUUUCAAGGCGAAAGCAAAUACAUUAUACGACAAUAACAGGCGAGAAAAGAAAAUGCAACCAGUAAAUAACGACUAUGAAUUUGGUAGUGAAGACUGCGAAUAA